CUCUUAGACAGUUAAAUGACCUAUAACAUCAUGCAAAUCAGCUGCACUUCCCAUUUCCGCAUGUGAUUGUCUGGUGUUUAAUCAUUUGCCUUUGAUCGUUGAUUGCAAAGUCAACGUAUUCACCUGAUCAUUCCAUUUUAGCAGCAUUCGUCUGACUGCACGCUUUUGUUGAAGACUUGUUCAAGACAAAUUGACAAUAUCAAUCAAUCGACAAUGAUGAAGUCCAUCCUCCCAGUCCUGCUUGCCUCUUUACUGGCGGUCCUCUUGGCUGAUGCUGCAGUAACCACUGAUGAAGUCAAAUACCUCCCUGGAUUGAAUCCUCAGCCCAUGUUCAAACACUUCUCUGGCUAUCUCAACGCCACUAGUCACAGAUAUCUCCAUUACUGGUUUGUAGAAUCUGCCAGGAACCCAUCCACUGACCCUGUCCUGGUCUGGCUCAACGGAGGUCCUGGUUGUAGCUCUAUGGAGGGAAUGCUCAAUGAAAACGGUCCAUUCAAGCUGAGUGAUGAUGGAGCCACUCUUCAGUACAACAAAUACAGCUGGAAUUCUGUUGCCAAUGUUUUAUACAUUGAAGCCCCAGCGGGAGUUGGUUACUCAUACUCUGAGGACAAAAACUACAAGACAGACGAUGAUCAGGCGUCAAAGGAUAACUACUUUGCCAUCAUGAAUUUCUUUGCUAAGUUCCCUGAAUUCAGGAAGAACACGUUCUUCAUCUCCGGGGAGAGUUACGGAGGGAUCUAUGUGCCGACAUUAUCUGCUCGAGUUGUCGAGAAUGAUAUGAUAAACUUCCAGGGUUUUGCUGUUGGUAAUGGUCUGUCCAGCUGGAAACUAAAUGACAAUUCUCUCCUGUAUUUUGGAUACUACCACGGUAUUGUGUCUGUCAAUUUGUGGAACAAACUUGUGGCUGAGUGCUGCAAGAAAGGAGAAACCAUUUGUGAUUUUGAUGGCAACACAGAUCUGACCUGCCAGAACCAUAGAAAUGAAGUGAAAGAACUAUUAGGGCAGCCAGGCUUGAAUAUCUACAACCUCUAUGGUACAUGUUACACUCCAAAGAGGAAUGGUCAGCUGGCUGAUGACGGAAAAGUUGUGUUCGACUAUCUGCCAUGGUUGUUGUCUAAUUCAUCCGAGAGAGCUCAAUUCCAAAAGACACUUCAGUCUGUACCAAAAGAGAGGCUCCGUGUUACGCCACCCUGCGUAAAUGCCACGGGGCUACACUCGUAUCUGAACAGAGCUGAUGUGAAAAAGGCACUCCAUAUACCGGAGGGUUUACCAACUUGGGAAGUGUGCAGUGGUCAAGUUGGAGCUGAAUAUUCUACACUCUACAAGACCAUGACUGAACAGUACAAGAAAGUGCUCGCUGCCAAGAAACGUGUCCUUGUCUACAAUGGCGACGUUGAUAUGGCCUGUAACUUUCUUGGAGACGAAUGGUUUGUGGACUCGCUUGGACUUGAGGAGGUUCAGGCCAGGAAAACCUGGUAUGUGAAUGAUGACAAGACAGGUACUCAGCAGAUAGCAGGAUUUGUCAGACAGCUAAAGAAUCUUGUCUUCACUACUAUCAAGGGUGCUGGUCACAUGGUACCGCAGGAUAAACCACAGCAAGCCUUGGAGAUGCUGAAGCGGUUUUUGAGUGGGACACCAUAUUAGGACUUCAUUCCUUAUGUUCAGUGCUUGUCCUGUGAUAUCUUGCAAUUUUCGGGAUUCAGUGGUGGUUCAAUGUAGGGAAAGAUGUCAUAUCAUGAGCAGAGGUGGAUGCCUGGUGGGGGGGGGGGCUGAUUCCAUGAUGUCAAAGCCACCCGGGUGGAUUCUCUGUGGUUAAGAAGCCUGGCAGUCAGCCUGGAGCGAACCGGACAAACAUGUACUGGUAUUAUAGACAGUGUGGAGCACCUUUCGUAUUAGAAAGUAGCACCUGAAGCCAUUUCGAAAUAACUUGUUUGUUCUUGAUGUCGCGCAUGUAAUUGAACAGUGACACGUUACAUACAGAAACGUGAACAGUGACACGUUACAUACAGAAACGUGAACAGUGACACGUUACAUACAGAAACGUGAACAGUGACACGUUACAUACAGAAACGUGAACAGUGACACGUUACAUACAGAAACGUGAACAGUGACACGUUACAUACAGAAACGUGAACGGUGACACGUUACAUACAGAAACGUGAACAGUGACACGUUACAUACAGAAACGUGAACAGUGACAUGUUACCUACAAAAACGUGAACAGUGACACGUUACAUACAGAAACGUGAACAGUGACACGUUACAUACAGAAACGUGAACUCUAUAAUUGCAGCCCUGGUCUUGACCUUGUUCUCUUGUGUCACGUCUCAUCAAGGGUUUGUCUCGCUUAUGAGUUUCUCAGAGUAUUGGGUAAUACAUCCUGGCAUCUUACAUUGUUGACUGUAUGACAGUGGUGGUAAUUAGAAAUGGACCAAACAAAUUGAUUUUUCUGCAUCUUCCUGACAUGACCAUUUUUAACAGGUAUGGUCUUGGCUCCAACACCAAGCAGUGCAUUGAAUCUUAACCAGUAUUUGAACAUUUUGUACAAAGUAGAAAGUAGUGCAAUGUAAUAUAUUUUUAAGCUUUGAAUAUUUUAGAUAAAGGAAUGGUAUACACAAA